CUAUAAUCCCUCAUAGCAAUCGUCGGAGCGAGUAAAAUGUCCGAGGGUAGGGGACGGAUAAACCCAACUGGAUUAGUACAAGCCCCUGCCUAGUACUCCAUCCCAUCCCCCGAUAGCAUCCCUCCUUGUUUUUUUCCUCUCCCCGCCUCAGAUAGCCUACAAGGUGGACGGGCAGCGCAAGCUCGGACCGUGUCAUUGUGGUUCAGUGGAAGAGUUGCUGUUGCCUUUGCAUCAUUUAAUGUAUUGUGUGUGUUUGGUGUCCUCUGUUCCUGCACCCCAGCAGUAAUAUUUACCAAGAUUAAUAAUUCAAGGAUUGCCUGCCAAGGUGGAGCCACCUGAUAGCAAGGACCUCAGGAGAGCCACAAAUAUUACAGUUGGAUAUCAGGUGAAACGACACACCCCACUGCUUUGCGCUUGCUCCUCCUCCAUCCUCCCUCCCUCGUCUCUUCGUUUGAUGUGAAGUGUAACUGAAGACCUGAAAGAAAACUCCAACUACACUCGCUGUUUUUUAAUUUUUUAAAAUUUUCCUCUCUUUAAAGCUGUCUUCUUUUUUUUUUUUUUUUUUCUCCAAUGCUCGUUACCAGCAAGCAGUUGGGUAUCGGUCGCUCCCACAGUUGGGACACAUUGGGGGGGAAUGAGGCUCAGUGGGCCGGGGGAGAAAGCUUUUACGAUCACCAAGGAAGGUUAGCGGGCCGACGGAACUCGCUGUCUCACGGGGGAGACGGAGGAGGUUAUUACGAGGCGCUCAGCGGCGUGCGUCCUCCUGACCUGGACCUGAAACGAGACCCCUGUUCCUACCCGGAUCCGCUGUACAGCCAGCAAUACUACACCACUGAUCCCCGGGGAGCCAGAAAGGGCUCGGUCCCUGAGCUGAACCACUACGACCGUUCCGCUAUGGCUCACGGUCACCACGAGUCCAUCCCCUCCCAGGACUAUUACACUCAUGACCCUGCCAUGGCUCCCCGAGCCCCAGAAGACCCCCGGGGAUAUUACAGGAUGGAGCCGCAGCCUCACCUGAUCAACAGAUCCCUGAACCACUGCGGGAUGAGCCCCCUGGGGCGGGCGCAAUGGGACCAGGGACAGGGAGGGAGGCCCGGAGCGCCGGGUCCUCUGUCAGCCUCUUCUCUCCCCCCUCCCCCUCCUCCACCAAAUGCCCACGGCAUGAAUCAGGUUUACGGUCAGCCUACAGCCGUCCCCGCCGGUGCCAAGAUGAUGCAGGACGGCCAGCGCCCUGGUGCUCACUACGGCAUGGACCGACCCCCUUCACCUCGGUACGCGUCCGAGCCACCGCCUCUAGCCAACCAGGCGGUCUACGCCGAUGUGAAUGGCCGGCCUCUGGACCCUCGUCAGCAGCAGCCGGCCGCCACCUGCCUGGUGGUGGACCCGAACGCUCCAGGGCUGGACGGGGGUGUGCCGCAGCGAGGCGUUGUGAUGAGGCAGGACUGCAACUCUCCCUACGCAGUUCAGCAUCAACAACAGCAAGCUGCCCCGCAGCCCAACAUGCAGGCGUACAGCCCCAACCCUGCCCCCGCCGGCUCGGCUCCUGUCCCGGCUCCUGCUCCUCUUCCCCUACCGCCGGCUCCGGUCGCUCUCCCCCCGCCGCCUCUCACAGCCCCACAAACGCCCAUGGCUCCGGUGGACUCCAAGAGGAAUGCCGACCCAGAGUUCCUGGCGCUGCUCCGUAACGAAGGUCUCUCCGAGAGCACCAUCUCGUCCCUCAUCCAGCAGGGCUUUGACUCCACGGGGAUGCUGGCGGUCAUGGAGGAGAAUGACAUACGGUCCGUGGCUCCCAACCUGGGGCAGGCGCGGGUGCUGUCAAGGGUGGCCGUCAGUGUCAAGAGGCCCUUAGAGCCGCCUCCCACGCCCCAUCAACAGGGUCCCACGCGGGGCCGCUCUAACAGCUUCAGCCACCGCUCUGACAUGUACCUCCAGCAGCAGCAAGCGAUGGGCAUGGAUCCACGGCUGAUCCCGGCGCACACCCCUGGUGCCAUGCAGACCAUCUCCCCCGCGAUGGCCGAGUCCAUGGCACGGAGGCCCAACAGCGCUCCCUCUCAGCACCUUCUAGAAACCACCCAGGGCUACCCGGGACCACGUUCCCCGGGGCCCUACGGUGGCGCGAUGGUCCCCCUCCAGUCCCGGCCCAUUUCCGCAUACUCCCAGCACCCAGGUGUCUCCAUGCAUCCAGGCAUGCAGAUGAUGACUGUCAUGCCCCCGCACCAGCAGGCACCCAUGGCCAUGCCUGCCCUGGGGCCGCCUCAGCAGGCCCCGAAAGCGUACUCCACCAACUACACGGUGCCCAUGGAGCUCAUGAAGCGGGAUCGCAGUCUGCAGCCCCUGUCGCCCAUGCCCAGCCCACACCCCAGCCCUCAGAUGAUGCGCAAAGCUGGUGGCCCCACUUCCGAUGGAGCCUUGGGUACGGCCAUGCAGAGCCAGAGUGCCGCGGCCGCCAGCCAGAAGCUAAGCCGCCGUACCGGGCCGCCAGUCAUCGUCUCCACCAUGGCAUCACCAGAUACAAGUAUCCGUCCCCAGAUCAUGAAUGGGCCCAUGCACCCGCGCCCCCUGGUGGCCCUGCUGGAUGGCCGUGAUUGUACGGUGGAGAUGCCCAUCCUCAAAGACCUGGCCACGGUGGCCUUCUGUGAUGCCCAGUCCACACAGGAGAUCCAUGAGAAGGUGUUGAACGAGGCAGUGGGGGCCAUGAUGUAUCACACCAUCACCUUGACCAGAGAAGACCUGGAGAAAUUCAAGGCCCUGCGCAUCAUCAUCCGCAUCGGGAGCGGGUACGACAACAUCGACAUCAAGGCGGCCGGAGAGAUGGGCAUUGCGGUAUGUAACAUCCCAUCAGCAGCGGUGGAAGAGACUGCGGACUCCACUCUGUGCCACAUUCUUAACCUGUACCGGCGGAACACCUGGCUGUACCAGGCUCUCCGGGAGGGCACGCGGGUCCAGAGCGUGGAGCAGAUCAGAGAGGUGGCAUCUGGGGCCGCCAGGAUCCGAGGGGAAACACUUGGCCUCAUUGGCUUUGGUCGUUCAGGCCAGGCGGUAGCAGUGCGGGCCAAGGUGUUUGGCUUCAACGUGAUCUUCUACGACCCAUACCUGCAGGACGGCCUGGAGCGUUCCCUGGGGGUCCAGAGGGUUUAUACCCUGCAGGACCUGCUCUACCAGAGCGACUGUGUCUCCCUACACUGCAACCUGAAUGAACACAACCACCAUCUCAUCAAUGACUUCACCAUCAAACAGAUGCGCCAGGGUGCCUUCCUGGUCAACUCUGCGCGGGGAGGUCUGGUGGAUGAAAAGGCCUUAGCCCAAGCCCUGAAGGAGGGCAGGAUACGAGGGGCCGCACUCGACGUCCACGAGUCAGAACCCUUCAGCUUCACCCAGGGUCCCCUGAAGGACGCCCCGAACCUGAUCUGUACCCCUCACACGGCCUGGUACAGUGAGCAGGCCUCGCUGGAGAUGAGAGAGGCAGCUGCCACCGAGAUCCGCAGAGCCAUCACUGGCCGGAUCCCAGACAGUUUACGGAACUGCGUCAACAAGGAGUUCUUUGUUACAACAGCUCCCUGGUCGUUGGAACAGCAGCAAAUGCAGCAACAAAUGCAGCAACAAAUGCAGCAACAAAUGCACCCAGAACUCAACGGUGCGACGUACAGAGUCAACCAAACCAUGGUACAGGCCAUAGCAACGGGGGGGAUGCAAGACAAAUUAUAUACCUAAUAGAGACCCAGUUUCCCAAGAACAACAGAUGAGGUCUUGUGGUCGUUUUGAAUCCUGAAUUGACAUGUACCCCCCUGGCAUAGUGGGUGUGGUCCCGGGCGGGAUCCCUGGGCCAAUGGAGGGGAUGGUGCCCGGGGGUGUGCCCACCGCCCACACCCUGUCCUCUGGUACCCACCCCUCCCAGGCCCCAUCCCCUAACCAACCCCCCAAACACGGCGAGCCCACAAGACAGCACAUGACCGAGCCAUAACUGUCCAUCCAGGGAGGAAGGAAUUCACACCGUUAACCAACUGGCCAACUCACUCUUAGACCAGCAGACUGGUGGUUGAGAGUUCACACACAACACCUGAACCAGUGGGGACAGUGAAUAUGCUCACACGCUCCUACUCACAGUGGGAACCGUCAGGACUCAUGUUCCAGGGAUCUGAACUUCUCAUUUCUCUUCCUCCUUGUUUAGUUUUUAUUCAGUUUAAGUGUUUACUCUUUAGAUUUUCUGGAAGAUUCCCAUGUUCUCGGACACGUUACUGUUUUAAGGCCUGUACAUCUUGACUGACCCACCAAAGGGAGAGCUCGGAAGGACACCGUCAUUAUUUGUUACUGGCCUGCUUCAACCCCGCCCGCUCCAUUCCAUGAUUUCAGUAUUUGUAUUUUUCAGCUGUCUACCUUGUUCUGAGACACCUUACAAGUGACUGUCUUUAUGUUCGUCAAUAAAUAAUAAAAUUGCAUAUUUAUCAGGCAGUAGAAACAGACAAUUGGUGUUGCUAGUUGCAUCAGCAGUCUCAAUGGAGACCUCUAAACCAUGUCCUACUGUCUCUUACCCCAUAUGCUAUUGGACCCUGAAUGUACAGACAGGAUUAACAGACACAUCAGGAGUGGGUCUUAUGAGCAGGAAUGCAAUCACCAACAAUAAGCCCAAAUAGAUUAAAAACAGAACUCAAUUUAAGUGAAAACGAACCUCUUGUUUUAGUUUGUGCAUUGUGAACAUAUCUCAACCCUAAGAACACCCAGAUUUUGAUCUUGUGAACUCCCUUUUAGUCAUCUAAUAUCUCUGAAGAGAUUCUUUGAUGCUCCAUGUUCUUACGCACAAGGGGGGCAAGAGACACAUUUUUGUUACGGUCAUGAUGAGAAUUUGAGACAAUGUGAACUUUAAACUGUUGAUUAAUUAACUUUCAUUCUGACGUUGGAUCCAAUAAUCACACGGAAUCUGUCACUAAAAUAAUGAAAUAAGUUCUGUAAACUGUAAAGCAGCUCUGCUUCUGCCUGGACCUCUACAAAAUGGAUUUGGAGAUUCUCAAAGGUGUUUAUAAAGCAGAUGGAUCUCUUAAAUAAAAAAAAUUUCUCCUCACCAAAAGGACCUAAACAGUAGCACCUGCCAGACAGUAAAGGGUCUGGAAAAUGAGGUAACUGACUCAGGAAAAAUUACUUUUGCAGAUCAUAUUUUUCCCAAAUUCUGUUUAAAAAAAAGAAAAGGUCUGGAUCGUUCUCCGUGUUUCAACUUUUUGUUCACUGUUAUUUUUUUUUUUUAUAAAUCAAAUCUCUUUUUUGGUGUUUAAGGUUUUUCAGAGUUCUGUUAGAUUUGUAUUGCCUAGUUAAAUGUUCUCAUAAUCAUAGUCAUAUGUGAACCACCUUUUUCUUUUUGGUUUUCUUUUCUUCUAAUGAAAGCCAGUUGGAGCUCUUGGAGGCCUUGUGCACCCUGUGAGCAAUAGCAAAACCCUUCUAGUGCCCCGACCCAACGUUAGCAAGACACGGCUGCUAACAGAUUGUUUGGUUUUUAGUGAGUAUUUGUAUUUGUUUCUUGUACAGCAUCCAGUGCAGUUCAAAUAAAAACUAAAUGCUGUUCUACGA